AUGAAACGCGGCCAAUUGGCCCUCUCAGAAGGUCAACACUAUGAUAUCUUCGCCAUCAACCUUGUGACCGCCAUGCUGGGUGUUGUCUACUGGCAUGAUGCCAAGAGCAAGCCAGGCACCAUCCCUUCCUCCUCCGAUACAGCCAUCAAAGUCGCAACAUCCGGUGGUACUGUCCUUGGUCAGGUCGGCUUCGGUUGGCUUGCCGACAUUGUUGGCCGCAAAAGGAUGUAUGGGUUGGAAUUGAUUAUUAUCAUCUUCUGCACGCUAGCCCAGGCUCUCUCAUCGGACUCCUCCGCCAUUUCAAUCGUCGGCAUCCUCAUCUUCUGGCGUGUGAUGAUGGGAAUAGGGAUCGGAGGUGGCCGCCCCUUGUCAUCCAUCAUCACCUCCCAGUUCGCAACGACCAAAUGGCGUGGCGAAUUAUGA